CCCGGGAGUCGCGUUCAACCUCCGCCUUGAAACGGAGUCCGUCUAAACACCUGUCUGUACACUUACCCAUACCAGCUACAUCAUAUGAUUUUCUCUUCCUUAUAGCGACUCUAGGUAUUCACACUCUCACACCAACUCAACAUGGACCCCUCAGACCCCUUCCUCCAAGUCCAAGGAGACGUCCUCAACUCCCUCCAAACAUCUCGCCCCCUCUUCUCUUCCUACCUCCGCAUCCGCUCCCUCGCAAAAUCUCCCCAAAACCCCGAACUCCAACAAGCGCGCUCCGAACUCGAAACCACCCUCUCCGAACUCAGCGCCGACCUCGACGAUCUCGUUGAAAGCGUCCGCGCCGUCGAACUCGACCCCUACCGAUAUGGCCUGGAGCUCGAGGAAGUUUCAAGACGACGAGGGCUAGUCAGUGAUGUCGGGAGGGAAAUCGAGGAGAUGAGAGCAGAGUUGCAGAAGGCGAUUACGGAUACAACUACAACAACACCGGGGGGAACGGGGGAUAGUAGGUUACCACUACCGGAGGACUUUGAUCAGGAUUUACCGCCCGAGGAACGGGAUGAUGAUUACUAUGCUGCGAUGGAGGAGCAGCGGCAGGCGGAGUUGAUGCAUGAGCAGGAUGAGCAGCUGGAUGGGGUGUUUCGGACCGUGGGGCAUUUGCGCGAUCAGGCGAAUGAUAUGGGGAGGGAGUUGGAGAGUCAGGCUGUUAUGCUGGGGGAGGUUGAUACGUUGGCGGAUCGGGUUGGGGGGAAGUUGCAGGGGGGGAUGUCGAGGUUGAAGCAUAUUGUGAGGCAGAAUGAGGAUACGAUGUCGUCUUUUUGUAUUGCGACACUCAUUUUCGUUCUCGUUCUAUUAUUAAUUUUGAUAAUUGCUCUAUGAAGCUAUCAUGGCAAACAUAACUCGGGGCAUAGGGGUCAUCAAGGUUCUUGUUGUUCUUCACGUGAGAGAAAACAUGACUCGGGGUACAGGAUAACGGGGUUAUCAGGGGUUUGUUAAUCUUUGC